AGGGAAAGGCUGCAGCCUCCCUCUCCGCUCCGCAUCCCGGCUUAGGUAAUACGUUUUCCCCUUACGCCCCCCCUCGCCUCGGCGCCACUAUCUCCCUCCUCCUCGGAUCUGGGUCCCGUCGCCUCUCCGGACGGUAGCCCUGGUAACCACAAUUCUACUUGCUCUCUGUAUGAGUUUUUCUACUCUGGGUACUUCAUCUGACAGCCCACAGGGCGGGUGCUGAUUCCACUAGCAGCUGCAGCUGAAAAGCAAAGUCCAGAAAUGUCAGAUAUCCUCCGGGAGCUGCUGUGUGUCUCUGAGAAAGCUGCCAACAUCGCCAGGGCAUGCAGGCAGCAGGAAGCUCUCUUCCAGCUGCUGAUAGAAGAAAAGAAAGAUGGGGAAAGGAAUAAGAAGUUUGCAGUUGAUUUCAAGACCCUGGCUGAUGUACUGGUACAGGAAGUUAUUAAACAGAAUAUGGAGAACAAGUUUCCAGGCUUGGGAAAAAAAAUUUUUGGAGAAGAAUCCAAUGAGUUUACUAAUGAUUUGGGGGAAAAGAUUAUGUUGAGACUGUGUCCAAGAGAGGAGGAAACAGCAGAGCUUCUGAGCAAAGUCCUUAAUGGUAACAAGUUGGCUUCUGAAGCAUUAGCCAAGGUUGUUCAUCAGGAUGUCACCUUUACUGACCCGACUCUGGAUUUGAUCAAGAUCAACAUUCCACAGGAUGUUUUAGGAAUUUGGGUAGAUCCUAUAGAUUCAACUUACCAGUAUAUAAAAGGUUCUGCUGACAUUAAAUCCAACCGCGGAAUCUUCCCCAGUGGACUUCAGUGUGUGACCAUUUUAAUUGGUGUCUAUGACAUACAGACAGGGGUGCCCCUGAUGGGAGUCAUCAACCAGCCUUUUGUAUCACAAGACCUAAGCACCCUCAGGUGGAAAGGACAGUGCUACUGGGGCCUUUCUUACCUGGGGACCAAUAUCCACUCACUCCAGCCUCCCAUUUCCAAACAAAACAGUGCAAUGCAAAGCCAGCUGACUGACGACACCAGCUCAGAGCUGGAAUUCUCCCACCUGUUUUCCGCCGUCAUUAGCACAAGUGAAAAGGAGCCCGUCAGAGCCGCGCUGUCACGUGUGUGCGGGCGGCGCGUAUUCCAGGCAGCCGGGGCUGGGUACAAGAGCCUUUGUGUUGUCAAAGGCCUUGUUGACUUUUACAUCUUUUCAGAAGAUACCACAUUCAAGUGGGACUCCUGCGCUGCCCAUGCCAUACUCAGGGCCAUGGGCGGGGGCAUGAUAGACUUAAAAGAAUGCUUGGAAAGAAAUCCAUUCACUGGACUUGAUUUGCCGCAGUUGGUGUAUCACGUGGAAAAUGAAGGCGCUGCUGGCGUGGAUCGGUGGGCCAACAAGGGCGGACUAAUUGCAUACAGAUCGAGGAAGCAGCUGGAGACGUUCCUGAGCCUCCUUAUACAACACCUUGCACCUGUGGAUACAUGUACAUAGAGGAACUCUGUCCUCAUGUACCUAUAAACCAAACUGUGAAACCAUGUCCCACAUCUCUAUCUUUUAAAGAUAGCUUUGUCCUAUUGACAGUUAACAUUCACCUUCCUCUUUUGAGGAGCAUUUUUCCAUUAUGUGUUCAUAAUAAUGUUACUUUCAAUAAAUGACAUUCAUGCAGCAAUGAAA